AAGCACUUUGCUUUAUUCGUCAAAUUUAAUUCACUUUUCUUGAACUGUUUUAUAUAGUUGUAUAAUUCAGACAUUGUCCAUAGUACAUUGUUGUUUCUAUAGCAACAGGACACAAAUUUAUUGCGAACAGAAAACACAAAAGGGAAAGUCGGCUUAAACAUGCCCAAAGUAUUAUUUCAAAAGAAUAAAAAGGUCUCGGGUCCGGUUGAUCCGUCUAAACAUGCUGCCAAACUUAAGGAAACUGAGGAUCGGAUGAGUGAGGCUGUAGAGUAUUCUUAUCUGGAUGAAUAUGAAUAUGAGAUGGAAGAGGCAGAGACUGGAUCCGACAAUAUCGAGAGCGAAUUGAGUUUAUCCGAGGGUGAACCAGCUCUGGGUAUUGGCAAAAUAGAUCUUUCAUUCCCCGAGACAACGGAAGAGUUCCAAAGCAGCCCCCAAUGCUAUCCCCCCUCAUACUACACACUAUCUCCAAAGGAGCGCCUCCUCCUGCUUUACGCGGAAAACUUCCGGAAACAGUUUGUUCUCAGUCACCCACGACGUCGUGCAAUGGUUUUGGCAUUGCCUAACGAAUGCAAUGUGCAGAAGUUUGUUUGCACUACGAUAAGACCGACGGCAUUUGCGUAUUCCGAGCUAAUUUCGAGCGUCGAAGAAAUUGCCAAAUUUGUGGCCGAUUUCGUUCAGUAUGAACCAAUGCCGGACCCAAUAAAUCUGCCGACUCGUUUAAUAUCGCCGGAUACGCUGCUACGAAAACGACGUGGAAAUUCAUAUGAAAUGGCCACAUUAUUAGUAAGCAUGCUUAUUGGAGCUGGACAUCCUGCAAUGGUUGUAUCUGGAGUGGCACGUGAAAAUACGGUUCAAAAUGAUCAACAUAAUGUGCCAUAUCCGUAUCCUAUUGAUGAAGUCGAGUUUGUGGAGGAAACAGAGGAGAAAGAGGAGAAGAGUGUAAAAUAUAAACUGAGACCGUUGCCCGAUUUGGAAAGUCAUCUCGAGGAAAAUAUGGCCGAAGUCCAUAAACAGAGAGCUGAGGAGCAUAAUCGAUUGGAACAGGAGCUAUUGCGGAAACAAAUGGCAGAUCUGGAACUCUUGGCAGUCGAUCGAUAUCAUUAUCGGCGCUCUCACGCUUGGGUUGUGAUUAUAAAUAAUGCACCUUGGAGCAUUAAACCAAAAAUAACAUAUACAGAUGUAAAUGGGGAUGUGGUGGAAGCGCCACCUAGCGGCAUCUUUAUAGAACCCUCCACGGGUUUCAUCUGUGAAACAAACUGUAAACAAUACAUUCUGGUGGACAGCAUAUGGAAUCAGUAUAACUACUAUGUGAACAAGCAAACAUAUCAGAGGGUUGGCGAUCUGCGUUGGGAUUUACGGGACCUAAACGACUGGGAGCACAUGCUACCCGGUGAGCCGCCAGAGAUGCGUAUAUACAAUGUCGGAUCGGAUGAGAAUAUAGCAGAGGAUGAGCAGGACGUUAAUGAUGAGAAGCAUUUGGAUGCCAUUUGCAACUGGGUAAAUCGACUCCACAUCGGCCUGGCCGACUAUGAACAACGCUUUCCACGCUCCGAGAAGCAAGUCCAGUACAAAGGAGCUAUACACGAGCGUUUCUCUCCCUAUUCCCAACGUGAUGGCAAAGUAAUGCAGUUGACUCUGUUCAAGGAUGAUAAAUGCACAGAGCCAAGGAUUCGCUAUGAAUAUUUUAAGAACCGCAUUGACCGAAUGAUACAUCUGAAAUAUGACUAUGAAACUGACAAAAGUGAGGAGCAAUUUAUGAAGGGCCGUGAUGACAGCUUGAAAUCUGUGGAAUAUUAUUCGGACACCUCGCAACCUAGAAAAUUGUAUUUCGUUGCAAGUUCUAGGUUGGAUUCUUUGGAAACGAUUGACUUAAGCCCAGGCUCAACUAUAUUACACUAUAAGGAUCGUGCCGACAGGUGCUGGUAUAGGGAGUUUCUGUUUAAACCAAACGGAGGCGUGCUUAAAAAAGUAUUUGAAAGAUUUCAGCAAGCCGAUGAAAAUGACAUAGGAACCAACGAUAUUGCCAGCAGGACGUUUAUGUUCCAGCAAAAUAAAAUUGUGCUCAAGUUCCAUUACACGUUUGGAGCUCUGACUGCGACCACAGUCGAGUUUACGAAACCGCCAAAACCGGAUUAUGGCAAGGAAUUGGUUUAUGAUGAGAAACUAACAAAAAUAUAUAGGGCAAAUCCACUUGAUCCAAUACGCACAAAUCUGGAACUAUAUAAGCUGUUGUUGGAACAACUUCAGGCCGAGGAUCAAAUUAUAAAGCAGUUUGAAAAAAUACAGGACGAUAUCAGCAAUAUAUUUGAUCUACGCAGAUGGGAAAAGAUGGAGCCCAAACUAAAGUUCAGUCUAUUCGACCCGCUUCGCAAUGGAGCUGCCCGAGCAAUUAGGAUGCAACAGUAUAAUGAAGAAGAAGAGCAAAAGCGAGAAAUCGCCAGUAAGCCAGCUGACUUUUUGGCUCCUUAUUUAAUUCCGUACAAGGAUCAGGAGCAGCUAACUCAGGAGCAAUCCAUGGGUGCCUAUCACGCCUGCCUAAACGACUUAAAAACUCGAUUCGUCGUCCUACUUAACAAUCUGCAACGACAAUAUGAAGACUUAACUAGCGAGGCAAAGUCAUUGAAUCGUUUCCUCAACAAGUUCGAGAAUCAAUUCGAUAACUUUGACUACAAUCGUUUAGUACAGCAGGCUAAGGACUUGGAACUCAGAAAACGUAUGGUUCAACAGCGCUUAACCUUAACACAUCAGGAAUCCCAGAAGAAAUACGAAUGGGUUAAGGCAUCGUUGCAGAAGGAUCCACGAUUGAAUCUGAACGCAGAAGAUGAGAAAUCAUCUGACGAUUAAAAUGCUAAAAACUUGUAAGAAAUAAUUAGCAUAACUAUAUGAUAAUAAAAAAAAAAUACAAGUUGA